UUUUUUACUAUCGUCUCCUACUAAAACUAUUCACCACCGUGAACAAAGUCAUUGUCAUAGCUCAACCAUUUGAGAGAUUAUGGCUAAUGCAAGAGCCUUUAAACUUGUUGUUUGGUGGGGAAUUGAAAAAGAAGAGAGAAAGUUGGGGUUGAAGUUCAUUGGCGGUACUAAUUUCAGACUACAAAUUCAUGGUUGCUUGACAUAUGAGCAACUAUGUGAGGUCAUCAACACGAAUCUACGAGAAGAAGGGGUAGAGGGCACAUUAGCUUCCUUUACAUUUAGACUGCCAGAAUUGCAAAGAAAUUGUAAAUUUUAUCACUAUGGUAUUUCGGUUAUGGAUGAUGUUGGAGUUGAUAUGAUAACAGAUUUUAUGGCGCGAAAUCCAAAUCGCGAGUUCGCUGAAAUAUGUGUCGAGUUUGCUAGUCAUCUUGAAGAGGAGGAUGAUAUGUAUAGUAUGCGCUCGAGUAGUGUCCAUAGUGAGCCAGAUGAUCUUAUGGACGAGGACGAGGAUGAUGGUGAUGAUGUUGAUGAA